CAGCCCUUGGGCGUUUGCUCUCCCCAUAACCCUCCCCUCCCUAUCUCGCCGACCUUGCGCUCAAUUCUUCAACAUCGUGAUCGUCCGCAGCCCUUCUCUCUCCUUUUCCCCUCCGUCGGCUUGUCAUCGCUUGCGUCCCACGCCGCGCCCGCAACCUCCCAAUCCGCCAAGAAGCCCACCUCCCGUUCGUUCCCCCGGGCCUGCGCGCCGCCACGGUUCGUUGGCUCUUUUCUCGUCGCGAGGCCAUUGUCUUUACCGUUGAAGCCGCCCCCAUCCACGCGCCAUUCAUCGUGUUGCAGCUUCGUUGCUUCUUUUUGCUCGCCGCCCUGCUUCCGGUGCCACGACUCCUCGCACGCGGCGCUGAAGGUGUCUCAACUCCACGCUCCGCAGCACGCUACUACUUCUACUACUACACCCGUUUUUCUUUGGCGCAGUACCGCGCAGUUCGCCACGUUGCUGCUCCUGCUGCUGCUGCUAUUGCAGCUCCUACAUAUUUGGAACCGCCGGCCCCCCUCCUCCGUCGACCUGUCCCCUCGUUUCGUGCGUGCGUGGGCGCGCAUCUCGCCUCGCCUCACCCUACCUCGGCUCGGCCUCUCCACCCGCUCGGUGGCAUCGUCGUCGGCUUCAUCCGGCGUUUGGUCGUCGAACUGUUUAUCGUCGGUGCGCGGCCUCAUUGGACAGACGACCCGGGAAACACGCGCCUCUUGCGCCGCCGCCGCUACCCGCCUCAGCUGCAGAGCGUCUGUACUGUACGACCCUGUGUGUGUGUGUGCGCGUGUGAGUGUGGGUGGGUAACUAGCAGGUUGCUGCUGGGUGCGUCUGCACGGCGAAUCGACCGGCCAGGGAUCCCUCGACUGCACGACUCGCAUGACCUGAGAUGCUGCGGGAGCUCCAGCUUCUGCAAACCGUACCAUGACCGACACGGCUGGUUUCACAACGGCGGGCCCCCAUGCUGCUGCUGGUGCUGCUUCUGCCCAGAUAUCGCAACCGCAUGGUGGUAUCGCUGCCAAUCCUGCCAAUACUACUACUAACCUUAUUACCACUGCGGCUACGGCGCCUCGCGGAGGGCCCAAGACGCUCGCCGUCACUGCUGCUGCUGCUGCUGCCAGCACUGGCGCUGCCUCUGGCACCACCACCGCUGGAGCCACUGCUGGAACCAAUUCUGGAACCGCGGGUCCCGCCUUGUGCAACGUCAACCUCCAGCAGCCCGCCACAACCACAACCACCACCAAAACCGCCUCAACCGACACGGCCAGAACCAAACUCCCACACCUUACCACGGCUGCCACCACUGCCACCACCGCCGCCUCCUCCUCUCCCAGCGUCGCCGACAGAGGCACCUCGGUCCCGCGCCACGACGCCGCCAUCGACAGCGACAACAGUACCAGUGAUGACACCGCCGCCGCCGCCGUUCGCCGCAUCUCCGCCUCGCUAAAACAUCCCCAUCGACCCGCCCAUCCUCGUCUGCGAGAUCACAGGCCCGCAGGUAGCCGCGGUGCCCAUAACGAAGCCACCCAGGACUCGGACGCAGCACCGCUUUCGCAGCAGCAUUCCGGCCCGCGUCAUCAGCGGCCGUCUCGGCCCCCCUCUCUGCCUGUCUCACCCGUCAGUCCCCCGCCUCAACUCGCUGGCCCAACGACAUCGAGCCCAACCGACCAAGGCCCUGUGUACGCUGCGCUGGCCACGGCCGACGACCAAGCCGAGUGCGACAGCUCAGCGAUAAAGGACGUGUCUGACCUGGUGCAAGAGCAACAGUCCACUCCUCUAUACGCUGCCGCCGGGUCAAGUAGGGACACUCCCGGUCAAAGCUCGUCGCCUUCGAGAACGUCGACGGGCCGGACCUCAGCUACGACCAGCCGCCCAACCUCGACCGACGACUGCUCGGCCUCGCCUGCGUCUGCUGGACGUUCCUCCAAGCCUAGUCGACCGUCGUCUUCUUCAGACGCUCAUUCUGCUCCCGCCGCCGCCGUUGACGACUCGCAGCAACCGGCCAGGCCUCCGGCCCGUCGGGCCCCCGCCUCCCGCAGCUCUCACGGCGUGCCGACCGCGGCUGGCCCUCCUCCGUCACUCGACACGCAGCGCCGUCACGCUGCCGAUUUCGCGUCCCAGCCGUCUCCGGGUGGGUCCACGACUUCGCCGUCAGACAUCCAGGGCCCCCGCGAGCUGCUGCUACCCAAGCGCCUCUCCCAGUCGAGUUCGUCGGAUGAGAGUCGUCAUUCGACAUCGAAUCGCCCUCCCAUCUCCUACAAGCCUCCCCCCAACGUCGUCGCCGCACAGUCGGGUGCGUCGACACCUGUACGCGUCCCUCCUAUUCGAGGUUUCCGCUCCUCCGGCUCCCGCAAGAGCCUUGCCUUAGACAUGAACUAUCGGCCGCGCCCAUACGACCUCGGGGACGACUCGGCGCGGGGUACCAACGACAACACCCUGCGUGCUCUUGAGGGCAGAUACAGCGAUGAUUCUAGACGCUCCAGCACAUUGAGCCCCGCUCGUCAGAAUAGCUCGCCCGGCAACUUUGACGACACGGGCGAUGUCUUCUUCCAUAUUGCCCGGGACGAGCCCAACCACCGCCCUGGAGACGAGCACGUCGCAGCAGACGAUGUCCAAAGCUCUGUUUCUCGCCUUCACCGUUCGGCGCAUCGCCGGCCACUCUCGACCGCCGUCGCCUCCUAUCCGAUUACAUCGCCCCCGCGCCUGCAACGUCGUCUUUCCGACCAGCAAGACCGGCCUCGGAUGAGGAACGCAGACGAGGAGCAAACCGGCGAGGUGUCGCGCGCCGUGAAUUACCGGAAUUUGACGAGGGAAAAGGCCUCAUCGGCUCAUCCCGCUGAAGAUGUUGGUCGCGCCAGGGCCGGCAGCUCAAGUCUGCGCCCGUCCCCCUUGGCGUUGCGGCCCAUGAUGGCAUCUCAGGAGCCACGCUCCGAGCCUUCGGUAUAUGCGCGCAGGCGUGCAUCCAUCACGGAAAACAACUCGACCGUCGGGGCUCGGUCGUCGGCAUACAAGGCUGCUGUCGGAAGCUCGAACCACGGCAAGUCGUACAGCUCGUCCCCGCUUGCCCGCACGUUUGAUUCGCACACUCGCGACCCCGCCCAGGGCGGUGUCGUCGAGGGGACCGAGUCCACGGCCUCGACGACGGCGCCGUCAACGGUCUGGGACGAGCUGGAUGAUCUCAAAUCAAGGAUCCACCGCCUGGAGCUUACUGGCAAGCUGCCAUCUACAUCGGGCGCCGCCGUCUCGAGAUUGACCGACGAAAGGCCUGCAACGGCCACCACCACAGUGACAACUAUGUCGUUGUCGCCAAAGCGCCAGCCGGGAGCCCAGGCAUCCGAGCCUGCGAGCACCACGCCGUCGCAGCGUGAGGCGCAUCCUAUUUUAGUGUCGGCCCUCGUCAAAUCGAAGCCGUUUAUGAGCCCCGACGUCUACCGAGCGCUGGAGUCGGCAGCCAACGACGCGAUCAACCUCUCCUCCAUGAUGGGAGUCCCUGGCCAGCCAGGGCCCAUAUCGAGCGGACUGAGCGUGGUCGGAUCUGGGGGCAACGUUACGGACCGCCAACUUCGAAGAAAGGCUGACAGCGUGUGCCGCAGUCUCACAGAACUCUGUGUGGCGCUCGGCGAGGAUGUUACUCUUCAACCUAGGCUGGCCCCGCCGGCUCAGGUGAACAUGUCGCAAGUGGACGGACCCGCGACCCCUACCAUGCCAAAGACAUACUCGGGCCUCCCUGCGCCCCGCCGACAGAGCCUUGCCGCGGACCAGAACCUCUCGAAGCCCGUCGGCGGCGAGAGCCCAAGGGCAAUGUCCAAGUUUGAGGAGCGACGAAACCAUCUCCUGAACGGGACUCCCCUGAGCAUACCCCGACCGUCGCCGGCGGCCGCGCCCAUGUCGGCCGAUGUGAACGUCAACCGCCGGUCGUCAUUGUUGGUUGCGCGCACGCGCAGAGCCACGACCGAAGAGCCCGACGACGGCCGGGCCUCGUCUCUACUCAGAACGCGUCGCGCUGGUACCGAAGAAGUGGACGAAGGGCGGAGGACGUCCUUGCUGGUGCGGAACCGCCGAGGGACAGUGGGCGAAGAGCGCGACGAGGGCCGAUUCCAGGCGCCAUCUCGCGCAGCCACAGAAGUCAACCUGCUCAGAGGCUACGGCCGCGAGUACGCGCAAGACACGCAGGUUUCGCCGCCCGAUACCAGCGGGCAGUCUGCCGAUCUGGCGAGGCGCCGGCUAACAUCGACGAGCUUCCGCACCUCUCGCCUUGCCGUUCCCACGGGGUCGGGUCCAGCACCGCCGCGAAGAUAUCUAGAAAAGUCUACAGUGGACCGUGACGUAUCUUCUCACCGGCAGGUCGAAGAGUAUGGAACGCGGCAGCCGGGAAGCAGCCCGGCCACGACGCACACGAGAGCUAGCAGUAUGGGCACGCGAAGGAACCGAGAUAGUAUCGUGUCGGCUGUGCCAUCCUCGGCUACGACCGCUGGUACCUACAGAUGAGACGCCGACAGACGACGUGUAUCGACCUCACGAAUGUACAAUGUAUAAAACCCAGCACCCUGCAAGGCGUUAUUGAUUUUCGACACGGGUUUUUCUUCUUCUUUUCUCUUCUUGUUCUUUCCUUCUAUUUCACAUCCUGCGUUGGUCCGGGAGCCGAAGCGUCCCACCAACUUCAGAUGACGACGAGUGACGACGGGCGGUCCUUGUUCCUUUGUUUCUCAUGAUGAUGUUUGACUCUGCGCUCCGAGCACUGUACAUCAACCGUUGGCAAGCGUGCCAUCUGAGAUCUGCCAAGCUUUGUGUGGUGUGGUGGGCGGAAGUGCGGCUGAAGGCGGCCACGUCGACUUGACGAGGCUGUCGGGCAAUUAAUCGGUUUAGACGCACGGAUGAAUGAGUAAAGAGUAAUGUUCUGGCC